GGGUUUCGAUUAUGGGCUGGGCUGACGAUAGUUUGUUUUGAUGUAUUUGUCUGUAAUGAAAGGCGGCCCAAAACUAGAUGCGAGCCAUGACUAAACUUUUAAAAUGGGCUUAGAUUUCAGCGGGAUUGCGGGAAGGAAAACCCUAGCCCUGGCUAGAAGCAUCCAUCCGUUUUCCCGCGCGUGAUACACACCUGCCUCGCACAAAGAAAAAACGAGUGCAAAAACUAGUAUGCAAGCGCCGCAGCCGCACUGGCUGCUCUAAAAAAAUACAUAUUCUCCCACCUCCACCGUCCGAUCUCAUUCCAGCUAAUCGAUCCGCGUCACCCCGGUUCUCGACGGCCUAGAUCGGAGCUGCAAAGCUACUGGUUCAAACACACGAAGCUGCUCGUCUCUGUUCCUCCUACCUGCCCCUCUCUUCGCUCAGCCAGCUACCAAAUAUUUUUUUUUUCUGAUUUCACUUAUUAUUAUUUUCCUGGAAAAGAGAUUGGAAAUUUGAUUGCCUUCCGUUAGAUUUUCCCGAUCUGUUCGCUUGGACGGAAAAAAGAAAUAACAUGAAAAUCACGGAGCUGGAAGGGAAGAAUUUGAAGGAGGAGGUGAUUGCGAUUUCCUCCUCCGAUGACGAGGACGACAGCGACACGGAGGAAGGGGCGGAGGUCGAAGCGCCGGAAGACGAAGAGGACGUCGACGAUGACGAGGAGGAAGAUGACAACGACGGCGACGAUUCCGACGACGACGGAGAUGACGAUGACGACGAGGAUGAAGGCGUCGACGAUGACGACGAUGGUGAGCAGGCCUUGAACGCCGCCGUCGGUCCACCUGUCGUGUCGGUAGAAGACGAUGACGACGAAGGUGAGAUAGAGAACCAAGAGGAAGCCGAAGGUGGAGACGACGACGACGAUCACGACGACGACGAGCAGGGAGUGAUUUACGAUGAGAACGAGGAUGGCGACGGCGACGGCGACGAGGAAGGUGUCGAGGACGAUGAACCAGAGACGGCGUUGAACUCCUCCGCCCCGCCAGUUAUCCAGUCGGUCGACGAUGAUGACGAACUCAACGGCGAUAACGAGAACGACGAAGAGGACAUCGAUGGAGGUGAGGAUGACGACGAGGACGAUGAAGUCGACGACGAAGAAGAUCAAGCAGAGAAGGAAUUGGGAAGCGAAUACAUACUUCGCCGGCGUCCAAAAGAGGAGGAAGACGCGAUAGACCUGGAACUCGAGGAGAACGGCGAGGAUGAAGACGACGAGGAAGAAGAGGACUUGGUGGACGAAGAUGAGGAGGAAGAUGAAUCUUCGAGAUCUGCCGCUGCAAAACGGAAAAGAUCGAGGAAGGAUGACUCUGACGACGAUGCCAGUGAUGGCGGCAAUGAUGGCGAGGAGGACGACGACGACCACAGGCCAUCGAAGCGAUAGGAAGAAACGGAAGAACAGGGUUUUUUCUUGGCGUUCUUUGGAGGGCUCACCAAGAACCCAGAAAUUGAACCCUUACAGCUGGGUGAAGACUGAAGAGGAGUAUCAGAGGCUCGGUUGCUGCUCGUUCGAGCUCGUGGUUCGUGGUGCGAUAGCUUGCUCACUGUGAAUGCAGGAACGUACUCAUUGGCUGAUUGUUGGAAUAUGAAAGUCGGUUGAACCAAUAGGCACGCGUUGGUGCUCUUGUCCUUUUGCUAAAAGUAUUGGAAACAAGGGUCCCGCCAGCGCACAUUGCAUGCUCGGACGAUUAGGG